CCGCGGCGAGCCGAGCGGAGCCGAGCGGAGCCGAGCGCGGCCCCCGCGAUGGAGGCGCUGCGGCGGUGGCCGCUGUGGCUGCAGGGCCUGGCGCUGGUGUGGGGCCGCGCCGGGGCGGGACUGGCCCAGCCCGCCGCCACGGCCGCGCCGGCGCACGCAUGUUCAGAGUUUUCUCAAAAGUCCUGUGAAGAGUGUCUAAAAAAUGUUUCGUGCCUUUGGUGUUACACAAACAACACUUGUGUCAACUAUCCUGUAAGAAGCAUUCUUCCACCAUCUUCCUUAUGUUCGCUCUCAAAUGCUCGAUGGGGAGCUUGCUGGAUAAACUUUGAGGCUUUAAUUAUUGCUAUAGCUGUAGCAGCUGGACUCAUUCUGGUGUCCAUAGCAGUCUGUUGCUGUUACUGUUGUUACUGCAGAAGGCAACAUUCCAGGAGUAGACUAGAAGAAGAAGAAGAAGAAAGACUAGCUAGAAAUAAAGAAGAACGAAGGCUACAGUCUCUUCAGCGGAAACAUGAGAGAAAACUGAAACACGAUGAAAUACGCAGGAAGUAUGGUCUUCUCCAGGAUUCUGAUAAUCCUUACAGCAGAUUUGAGAAUGAAUAAAUCUGAGAACCUUCUAAAAGAGCUGUGAUUCCAGAAUAUAAGAAGAUUGUUUUUUGCUUUCAUUUGCCCUUUUGGGUUUGUUCCUGCCUGCCAAAGACUUUGUUUGUUUGUUUGUUUUCUGU